AUGAUGGGACUAUUCAAGCGCAAAGAUUCAAAGAACUCCAGUCAAAGCGAGACUGAGAACGAGUCCUUUGUAACGGUCAACAGUGCUCGCACAUCAAAUACAUCCCUGAGAUCCCCAGGAUACAAGGGAAGUGGUCCGCCAGCUUCAAUUCCAGAACUUCCUAUCGCCAGACCACCAGAUCCAGCACUGGACCCGGCCGCAUACCUACGAAGUGUCCAUGCAGUGCGCGAACGCUCCAACAUAAUCCUGAACAAGGCCAAAAAGAACCAACUGAGCCAUUUCGAUGUCGACAUGAGCAAAUUUGAAGCUACCGCUUCCUAUGUCGUCUCCAUCAUAAAGGUAAAACCGGGGAAUUCUACCAUCAUGGGAGCUUGCGCUAACAUGGUUUCCCUCCAACAGCGAGAUUAUGCGCCAGACUACGAGAACAUCCCCCCGCAUGGUCGCUGGCAGCAUUUCGACGUUGGUGGCAGACCCCGCAUCAACCAACUUCUCCAGUCCUGGCCCAGUCGCAUUGAUGCGCAGGAACGCACCCGUCGUCUGAUUGAUUUGUUUGUCGUGUCCGUUCUGCUCGAUGCAGGUGCCGGGAAUGAGUGGUCAUAUCGGUCAAAGGAGUCUGGUAAAGUCUUCUCGCGCAGUGAAGGCUUGGCGGUGGCGAGUUUGGAGAUGUUCAAGUCUGGCCUAUUCAGCAGCGAUCCUACGGAGCCAUGUCAGGUGGAUGGUGCAGGACUAAAGAAGGUUACGACCGAGGUUCUCGCCAAGGGGAUGCAGCAUACAGACCAAAAUCCACUGGCCGGUAUUGAAGGCCGCGCGGGGUUGUUGAUACGGCUCUCCGAGGCACUUAACAAUCAAGACUUCUUCGGUGUGGAUGCUAGACCGGGAAAUAUGCUAGAUUAUCUUCUCGGUCAUCCAUCAACACUUGCUUCUUCCGUACCCAUUGUUCCGAUUACCACUUUGUGGACCGUGCUCAUGGAUGGCUUCUCCCCCAUCUGGCCCCGAUCACGAACACAGAUUGAUGGAGUAUCCAUUGGAGACGCUUGGAAAUGCUCGGGUCUCCCCAAGUCUCCUCCCGCACAGCAGUGGGAGAGCAUCCUUCCAUUCCACAAGCUGACACAGUGGCUAUGCUACUCGAUCAUGGUUCCAAUGUCGAAAUUGAUGCUCAUCCACUUCGCUGGCAGCGACCUUUUGACAGGCCUUCCAGAAUAUCGAAACGGAGGCCUUCUUAUCGACCUGGGACUCUUGACUUUGAAACCGGACGAUAUGCAGCGUGGAAUCGACGCAUAUAAAGAGAAUGCUCAAAUCAAGGGCCAGCCAAGUGUCGAAGUGGCACCGCUCUUCUGCGCUGACGACGAUGUAAUUGUUGAAUGGCGAGGCGCUACUGUCGGAUUCUUGGAUGAGCUCCUAGACGAGGUCAACGCUCAGCUAGGGCUCAAGGGUUCCGAAGAGCAGCUAUCACUAGCACAAAUGCUUGAGGCUGGCACCUGGAAGGGUGGUCGCGAGAUUGCAGAAGUUUCGAGACCAAACACCAAGGAACCCCCUAUCAUGAUACGAUCUGACGGCACUGUCUUCUAA